AGUCCUAUCAAUAUUCAUUAUAAAGUAAUCAUUGAUUAAUCACAAUAAUCAUGGCUGAUUUCCUAGACUUCCUGUUAUCAUCACCAGUCAAGUCACCACUACCCAUAGAGAUCACAUCUACUACCACACUAGAGGACAUCAUUGCUGCCACCAUUCAACCAGAGUCCACCUAUUCUACUACUGACUCAUCUACUGAUGAAACCACCAACUCACCUACCAAUGAGACCACCAACUCAGAAGAUGAUGAUGAGGCCCUGGCUGCUGCUAUCCUUGCGGAAGCAACAGCUGAAGAUUAUGACACCACACCAACUACUACUGAUUCCAGAUUAGCUGACUCACUCACAGGUCUUCUAGGGCCACCACCACCAGAGAAAUCACUCAUUACUAACCCAGUCUUCAGUGAGCUCCAGACACUACUCAAAGAUGAACUCAAACAGCAAACUAUGCCAGAGACACUGAUGAAAAUGCUACAACCUAAGACCAGUGUAUUCAACCGUGAACAACAACUUCAGCAUCAGUUCAACAGACUCAACUCACACAACUCAACUGAUGUCCAACAACUCUCUAGCUUCUUCAAGUACCAGUCAGCCAUCAUCGAGACUGAACGCUACCAGAAACUUCACCAACAUGCUACCAAACCAUGUCUACGAGACUCCAUCAACUUACAUUAUGAUGAACAACUACACAAAGUCAUUGAUAGAGUGGAGGUCAGUGUCAGUGUUCUACAGAAAGCUACUCAAACCCAGCCAUCUACUACCAACAACAACUUCACUACUAGACCAUCAUCAACAAGACGUCGACCCACUCUUACACGCCAUGCUGUCACACUCAUGGAAAACUGGUACCAACUCAACAUCCAUCAUCCAUAUGCAGACCAGGAAACAGUAAGAUCCUUUGCACUACAGGGUGACAUCAGAGAAGACCAGGUCAAGAAAUGGUUUGCCAACAAACGCAGCAGAAACCAGAACACCUCACGUAAGAUGUCUACACCACUCCACAGACACUCUUACAGACCUUACUAAAGAACUAUAAACUUUUAUUGAUUGUUAAGUGCUAUAUGUUUGUAUUGUUUAAUUAUGCUUGAAAAUGAAAGUGCUUUUUCCAUAAUGUGCUAACUGUAUUGUUUCAUGUUUUUAAUA